CCUUUAAGCAGGUACCUAUGCUCUCCUAAACUUAGUUACAAUUUGCAUUUCUAACAUAUAAAUACAUUGGUCAAAAAUUAACCGUCGGUGGUCAGAACCCCCCAUAAAAUAAAAUAUAUUGGUUGCCAGAGCCCCACACAGUAGAAAAAAAACAUUUGUGGCCAUGCCCCCCCUCACACGUUAAUGUAAAAAAAUAAAAUUGUGACCAGCCACUUCCCAUCUAGUAACAGGAACCACAAAUGGGUUAACUUAGCCUGGAGUAAAUUGCUGACAGGAAUUCCUACUGAUAUUGUUUAAGUUUAAGUCCCGGUAAUGCUGCAUGGGUAUUGGAUGAGUUGGAGGGGAAGUUCAAACCUCAGUUAUCCAAUCCCUGUGCAACUUAACCAUGACAGACUCCAAUGUUUUUAAUGGAAGAUGCAGCCAUCUGAGCUCCUGCACUCCCUUCCAAAAUUAACAGCUCACAGAUAGCAGGGCGAGCCUGGCUGAUGAAUUAAGUGCAGCACGGCUGGGCCCCCCAUAAGACUAGUUGCCACCUUUUCCAGAAAAAAAACGGCCUUCCUAUAUACAGUAUUUAUAUUUUUUCCCUAUUAAUAACAUUGGGAUCAACCAUCAUUUUUACUGGCCAGGCCUGUAAAAUACGGGCCAGGUGGCAAACCUACAUAAGACCUAAAAACCCCUGACCACCACUGAUGGCCUUGCCAGAAAAAUCAGAAUAGGCCACACAUCACUCGAAUGCUGAAAUUUAUACCAACCAGACUUAUGCCUUGCUUUAAUGUCAUUAUUCAUAUUAAGGAUUUGCCAGGAAGGUUAGUCAUUGUAGCUUUACACCUGUUUAUGCAUGAGCCACAUAAAAAAAAGAGUAAAAAGAAGUGCCUGGGGUUUGUCAAAUAAAGGACUAUGAUUGGCCAUACUGUAGCACCAUGUGGGCUGCUAUCAUGUCAGAGGCUGUAUUUGAUAUUGAACUUGUGUCCCUGGAUAAUGUGUCUUAAAGCCAGGAACCUGCUUUGAGCCAUUGAAGGCAAAAUGGAAGGGUGUGGCUGGGAAUCACUCAGUUUAGUUUCUUGGAACUAGAGAAACAAUAAUCUGGGGCUCCAACUGAGAUGAGUGCAAAUGGCAGUAUGUUUUGCAACAUGACACAUGAAGUCGUAACAGCACAGUAACAUACAUACAGUAGUAACAUAUGUUGUAUGAAAAAAGGCACUCACCUAUUAAGUUCAACCUUUUAAUGACUAUAUAAAAUUCCUUGCUGACUCCAACACCCCCCCCAUCAUGUAUGUACAGACGCAUGUAUGAUGGUGUCACGGAGGGAUGGGCAGGAUAAUGCGGCGACUACCUGUCGUAGGGGACAAAGGCCCAGACUAGGAGUCGGCAGAGGGAAGAGGUGAUGUUGGCCUCACUCACCAACUCAACCAAGCACGUGGCACUCAAAAUCAUUAAGAAGUUGGGCACCAGUAGACAUCAACAAAGUAUCAAGAGUGAAGCACGGGUGCUCAGGAUCUCCGGAGAGUGUCCCUUUCUUUGCAGGGGACUUGCAGCAUUCCAAACGAAGCUGCAUGCCUUUAUGGUGAUGUAGUGCGAGAGCAAAACCAGCCUUUCCCAAAUGAUAAGAAACAGAGGGAAACUAGAGAUGAAGUCCGUAAUCUUCUAUUCUGCAGAACUGAUAAUAGGCCUCCAAUUUCUCCACUCAAGAGGGAUUGUGCACAGGGACUUAAAGCUUUCCAACAUAUUAAUAAGCAAAGAUGGCCACGUCAAAAUUGCAGACUUCGGGGUGAUAGCAGAGGGCGUUUACUACGGGAAGAAGAUAAAGGACAUUGCUGGAACCAAAAGUUACAUGGCUCCAGAGAUCUUCUUGAAUCGUCCCUAUGACUCAGGGGUCGACUGGUGGGCCUUUGGGAUCAUUCUGUGCAGGAUGGCUACUGGGCAAUCACCAUUCAACGCUGGCCAGGACAAGAACUAUCUGGCAUAUCUAGUCACCAGGACCAGACCCGUGUAUCCAACAGGGCUGAGCACAAAAGCUAGGGCACUUCUGGACGAGCUGCUAGAGAAGGUUCCAGAGAUGCGCCUGGGCACAAGAGGAUAUAUCAGGAGUCACCCCUUCUUUCAUUCCAUCAACUGGGCAGACCUGGAGAGCCUGAAGGUGCCACCCCCUUUAAAGCCCCAAGGAGGAGUCCCACCAGCCGCAAGUUGUUGCACUGAUGCCUAUUCUCCAGGUCCUCAGCGCGAUUAG